AUGGGCACUCGCACAGAUAAACCCAAGGCUCACCACACGGCCAAGCUGCCUGCAGUCUACCGACGCAUGGUGCUUUACCAAGCGGAGACUCUGCUCGAUAGGCUAAUCGAUAUACGUGAUUUUGCCAUGGAAUAUGUAGAGGAAGACGCUCUGUUGCAUUAUGCUAAUGUGCUUCCACUUCCUUCUCCUGACGAGCAGGAGGAAAAAGACCUAGUUGAGUCUCCAGAGGGCAACCCGGUCCCGGACUCGGACGAAAACGAAGAAUUUGAAGCUUGCGAAGAUCAACUUGCGCAGCAAGAGAAUGCACACUUGGAGUUAUCUGAGAAUAUUGCUGCCGUGGACCAACAGGACAGUGGUGCGUUCACUGGUACUACCGAUGUCGACAUGGAGGACACUGAGCCUAUGUGGGAUGGCGCUAUCCACGGUUAUGACUGGCCAAAUGUCGAGGAGCCAUCUGAGUAUCACUCUGCGUCUAGUGAUGAAGAGGACGAGAUGACUGAUAAUGCCAAAUUCGACCCUUUCGAAGCCUCUCCCAGUACUACUACUCCUGAGUCGAAUACAUGGCUCACAAACAGUCCUGAUGCUCCCCACAGUGUAUUCUUUAAUACAUUUGUCACGUUCCCAAUCGCUUGUGCCGGGGAUGGCCAAGGAGUCCUUUCACCUGGAGUUGAAUACUCCGAUCCUCCUCAAGGCCCUGCUUCGGCAUGGUUGACUAACAGUCCCGAUGCUCCCGAAGGAGUCGCUGAAGCGGAAACCUCUUCCGAGACUUGGCCUGGUGAUGGAAUUGGAUCUCUGCCGGUCGAUCACCAUCUUUCCAUAUCACAAGACAGUUUGGAUAACGAAGAAGACGUGGGGUCCUUGUCUGAUAGCGACAGUUCAGACGAGAUCACCUCCCAAGCUAUUGAUGACCAGAUCGAAAAGCUACGACUCGCACCGAGCACUCUUCUACACCCACACGGUUGGUAUUGGCCAACACAUUUCCUCGACGAAAUCGCUACCCAAGUCGAAGAGUACGAAGAAUACGUUCAAAAGAAGAAUUUUCUCAUCAAGAGCAUCUCCAAGAACAAGACCCUAUCACGAGACGAAACCGACAACAUUCUGUGCGAGUUCGUACACGAGAACAUCGUGCGCAAACCCGUUGUAAACGCUGUGCAACUCUUUAAGCUGAAGCGUUUUAUCGAUAAUGUCGUGCGAUUCGUUCUCGCAACUCAAAGAAACAUUGACGCAAUCGAUGCAGACAUGGACGAAGGCCGCCGACGCCAUUUCUUGCCGUUGGAUUCACCGUUGCGCUUCCGAAGCAAGCGCCUUGGGAGCUCUCUCCGGUUUGUAACCAGCGUCAAUGAUGCGUGGGAGAGAGGCCAGGAUAAUUGGGGUAUGCCGCCCGUAAAGAUAAAGCGCGAGCAAAUAUAG